CACUGUCACGGAAAGUAGUGCGGAGAGGGCUAGCGUCUAGUCUGACCGAGGCAAAACACCUUGGUACUGCGACAUGUAGCGAGAUGCACUUCUCCCCUGCGUUGCAGGCCUUCUCUUCUCUCAUACCCUCACUACAAUCUUUACAGAACCUCACGGUUCGUAUCAGCCCACCAUGUCUAGCGAAGCUCUUACCCGCGAUGCUGUUGCAAAGCACAACACACCAGAGGACUUGUGGUGUAUCAUCGACCACAAAGUCUACGACCUGAGUGACUUCGUCGACGCUCACCCCGGUGGUUCUGUCGUUCUCGAGCAAGUGGCUGGCACCGACGCCACUACUGCAUUCUACAACCUCCACCGACAGGAGGUGCUCGAGAAGUACUCCGACCUGUGUGUCGGCACUAUCGAGGGCGAGAAGUCUGAAGUCAUCAUCGCUCAGCCUGGCGACCUCAGCCCCGUACCGUACGCCGAGCCGCUAUGGCUGCGACCGCAGUUUAAGAGUCCAUACUUCAAGGAAACCCACAGGAAGUUCCAGAAGGAGGUACGAAAGUUCAUCGAUAAGGAGGUCAGGCCUGUGGCGCAGGAGUGCGAGAAAAGCGGCAAAUACAUUCCUCAGGACCUGAUUGACAAGAUGGCGGAGAACCACAUGCUGGCUAUGCGUCUGGGCCCUGGAAAGCAUCUGCACGGCAAGAACCUGCUUGGCGUAGUCAAGGGCGAGGAGUUUGACUACUUACACGACCUUGUCCAGGCGCAGGAGGGCGUGCGCGCGAAUGCUAGAGGUUUCCAGGAUGGCAACAUGGCGGGCAUGACCAUCUCCUUGACUGCUGUCCUGCAGUGGAUGCCAGAGACCGAGCUGAAGGCACGAGUUGUCAAUGAGGUCCUGACCGGCAAGAAGAAGAUGUGCCUUGCCAUCACAGAAGCGUUUGCCGGCUCAGACGUUGCUGGAUUGAGGACCACUGCAACGCUGACGCCUGAUGGCAAGCACUACAUCAUCAGGGGUACCAAGAAGUGGAUCACAAACGGCAUGUUCAGUGACUACUUUGUCACUGGCUGCAAGACCGACAAGGGUUUCUCCGUGAUCCUGGUCGAGAGGGACGAAAACCUCGAGACCAAGCUCAUCAAGACCAGCUAUUCCACUACUGCCGGAACUGCGUACGUUGAGUACAACGACUGCAAGGUGCCUGUGGAGAAUCUGCUCGGCAAGGAGCAUCAAGGUUUUGCCGUGAUCAUGGCCAACUUCAAUCACGAGCGUUUCAUGAUGGCUUGCGCGGUCAUUCGACACUCGCGCACCAUCGUCGAGGAGUGCCUGAAGUGGUGCAACCAGCGGAUAGUCUUCGGCAAGAAGCUCGUCGAGCAACCCGCUAUCCGACAAAAGCUCGCAGAGAUGAUCUCCCUCGUCGAAGCGAACCAAGCUUGGCUCGAGUCCAUCGCCUACCAAAUGUCGCACAUGUCCUACGCCCAACAAUCGAAGUUGCUCGGCGGGCCCAUCGGGUUACUGAAAUCGUACUCGACACGCUCUGCGCACGAGAUUGCCGAUAGGGCAGUGAAUAUCUUCGGCGGACGAGGCCUGACACAGUCCGGCAUGGGCAAGUAUGUAGAAGAGUUCCACCGCACAUACAAGUUCGAUGCGAUUCUGGGUGGAACAGAAGAAAUCUUGAGCGAUCUGGGCGUAAGACAGGCCUACAAGAACUUCCCAAAGAGCAUGUUGUAGGUGAAAGUAGAAUUGAUGUAGGAUAGAGGUGUCGCAUAUUCAGCAAGCAUAC